AUGGGAGUUUUGAUUUUGUUGAUUGAAAUGAAUUUACUUGGUGGAACUAUUUUCGGCUUUCCAGCACUUUUUCCUAUUUUAAGUCAAAUGAAAAUUUAUCAAAAUUCAUCUCAAAUUAAACAUUUUCAAAACGCAUUGACAAUUGGAAUUGCGGCAUUCGAUUCACCCGCUUUUUUCAUUGGAAUUCUAAUCGAUAAAUUUGGUUGUCGAUUUGUUAAACUAAUUUCAAUAAUUUUUCACAUCAUUGGAUGGUUAUCCUUGGCAUUACUUAAACCAGGUCGCGAUUGGUUAAUGUAUCUUCAUUGUAUAUUUUCCUCCAUUAGUGGAAUUAUGAUUCUGCUGACGAGUUAUACAUCUGCGAAUUACUUUUCCAAGUCCCGUGCGCUUGUUUCUUCACUUUUAGCAGGAGCGGGAAUCUCUGCGACGAUGUGGUUCGCAGUUUUUCAAAUUUUGAUUGAUAGAAAUACUUGUGAAUUGAGCACAUUGGCAUAUGUUUGGCUGGGCUUUGCUCUGCUAAUCUUCUUAACUUCGUUUCUUUUCCUCGAUUGGAAUUAUUCGUUUUGGAAUUUACCCUAUAAAUUUGAUAUUCAACUUGAAUCAACUGCCGAUCGAAAUCACGAAAUUAAUUUUUGGAAAACUCUUCGAGAUCCUUUGUAUAUCUCCGUUGUUUUGUUUCUGAGUGUCCUUAUCAUUCCAACCGUAUUUCUUUCGGUUGUUUGGCAACCGUUGAUACAGUUUAUUACAAAUCAAAACAAAUCAUCAAGUCGAUCAUAUACAUUUGCAUAUAACAUUUCAACACUAUCGGCAAUCGUUAUUUGUCCAGUUAAUGGUUAUUUACUCGGGUUCAAAGCGGAUCGAAGUCAAAAACAGAAAUUAUUGAAUAUUUCGAUCGUUGAAACGAUUUCUUGGUUAUUAAAUGUGAUUUUAUGUUUGAUAACUAUGUUUCCAUCGACACCGAACAUCGUCAUUCCAAUUUUAGUAUUGAACUGUUUCUGUCGUUCGACAGUUGUCGCUGGAUGUCAAUCGGUGAUUUCAACAUUUUUUCCAUCUCAAUACAUCGGUCGUUUGACUGGAAUUAUGUGGAGUUUCGUCGGUGGAUUUACUUUUAUUCAACUUUUAUUAAUAAAACUAGUCGAUGAGAUCAAUCAAUCAUGGAAAGCUUGGUUAAUCAUCUUAAUCAUGGCUUUGUUGAUGAGUUCACAUCUGAUUCAAGUUUGGAUCAAAUAUUUCAAAUUCCAAACUCCGCAAAUUAACAAUUCGUGCUUGACAAACACAAGAUUCUGA